AUGUCUUUCCCAUCGGCAUCCGUACCCGCAUCUUCACCUUCCAAGAAUACCAACAAAAAACCAUCGAAAAAUAAUAAAAACUCGCGCGCGGAUAAUCUCACAGGUAGUUACAAUAGCCAGUACGCACUCCCCGGCAAAGAAACCUCUGGACUCAAUUUUGAGAUUUUCGAAGAUCCGCGAUGUGCGAUCUGUGAUGGGGAUCUUCCUCCUACUGAAGGUCCACAAUCCCACACCCUCCCCCAACUCUGCGCGCCCUGCCACCUACAACUCACACAUCUCAAAAACGAACGCGAGAAACUCCUCCGUCAGCAGCGUCAAAAACAACUCGACCAGAUGCACGAGGCGCUCGAAGCGGUUUCCGCACAGGCGGAGUUGAGACGGGUGUUGACGGAUGGGAAUGAGAGAUUGAGGGGGGAGAUUGUGGAGAUUGAGAGGGAGAUUGGGGGAUUGGAGGGAGGAGUAAGGGGGAGAGGGAGGGGUAAGGGGAGAGAGCGAGGAGAGAGGUAG